CUUCUGAAAAAUGGGGGAGGAAGAAGGAAAGAGGAAAAGGAAUCCUUAUGAAGAUCUUGACCGUGAGGAGUUACUUGCAAAGUUGACUGAGCUGGAACACCAAAAUAAGCUGUUGAGGCAACAUCUUACAUCAGUUGAAAAGAAUAUGCAUACACAUUUAACACCAGAUAACUGGGAAAAUGAUAAAGGCAAGCCAAGUAAUUUGAAAAAGAAACGUAAAGGUUUCGAUUUUUCAAGAUACAAUGUUCGUCAUGUUGCUUUGAAGAUUGCCUAUCUUGGUUGGGAUUAUCAUGGUUUUGCUAGCCAAGAAAACAUUGAAAAUACAAUUGAGGCACAUCUCUUCAAUGCUUUGAAGAAAUCUUGUCUUAUUGAAGAACGAUCAACAUGUAACUACUCCAGGUGUGGUAGAACUGAUAAAGGUGUCAGUGCUUUUGCUCAGGUCAUAUCGCUUCACGUCCGCAGCAAUCUCGACGAAGGAAAGGGAAUUAUCGUUAGCAAAGAUCCAAAUUUCGAUGUCGAUGACGCUAAGCACUCUUUAAACAAAGAAGAAAUCAACUAUCUUUAUGUUUUGAAUAAACUUUUGCCAAAUGAGAUCAGAGUUAUCGGAUGGACACCCGUCUCUCUGGACUUUAAGGCUAGAUUUAGUUGUAUGCAUCGAAUGUACAAGUAUUACUUUCCCCGUGGCAAUCUUGAUCUAAAGCGAAUGAAUGAAGCAGGACAAAAAUUUGUUGGUGAACAUGAUUUCAGAAACUUUUGCAAGAUGGAUAUUGGUAACAACAUCUUGUCAUUUAAAAGAAAUAUUCUUUCUGUUGAGAUUGAACAGUUGACAGAAUUUGGACACAGUGAAUACGAAACGUGUACCGUGACUAUUAAAGGUAUGGCAUUCCUUUGGCAUCAAGUAAGGUGUAUUGUUGCCAUCUUGUUUCUCAUUGGUCAAAAACUUGAAGAAGCAGAGAUCAUUGAUCAUAUGUUGGAUAUAACAAAAUGUCCUCGUCGUCCUCAAUAUAACAUGGCUUCAGAGAUUCCACUGGUGUUGUAUCAUUGUGAAUACGAAUCUCUAACAUGGCAGUACGAUGAAGAUGAAAUGCAAAGAGUUUUCAACAACUUUCAAAAACUGUGGACCACUAGCAUUAUCAGGACCACUAUGAUACGAACUUUACUGGAUGAUCUAAAUUCAAAAAAAGAUGUCGAGACGAAAAAAACAUUUCGAGGAAUGUGUUUGAUCCCAGGUCAUCACGUUAAUUCCUACAAGAAGAUUUUGACACGAGCUUUGUGUGACAGUUUAGAGACAAAAUUAGAGAAUUUGGCUUCUAAACGGGACAGACGGAGGAAAAAGCUCAGCAAAGUGUAGCCUUCUCUAUAAUCGUGUGGUUUGGUGGCUUUUAGUGAUCUCGGGUCCUUGCACGGUUCAUGACCAGAACUAUAAUUGUUAAGAUAUUUAAUUUUUCAUGUAAACGAUUUCAACUGUAAAAUAAAUUCUAUUUUGUUUGUUA